GGUGGAUGGCACUGUAUCCACCCUCGGCCCCGCUGUCUCUUCCGCUGCAAUCUCAAUUAGUCGGUACAGAUCUCUAGUCUUCUAUACAUGCUCUUGCCCUUUAAAUUUCAAAACAAGUCGUCUACCACUCGUACCAAAAGACCGCGCAAAUAUUUAUUCUCCGGUGGAAGAGCGGGAUUGGAGGGCUGUUAAGUGUCCUUUGGAGUCUUUGUGAUUCUCCUGCAAUUUCAUCUUUCAUUCGCGUCAUGCUGGCCCCACGGUUCUCUACUACGGGGGGGAGAGCCAUCCUGGCGAUCCAACGUCUCUCAUUAUAGUCGGGCUUGAUGAAUACCCUCUUUCAUCAUACGCUGGAUCAAAUGAAAAAUAAUCGGAGGUGUGACGAGAUAUUUGCAAGAUGAAUCGGGACAGUGAGGAGCAACGACCGAUUUCGCAAACUUUCUGCGGUGCACUGCAGAAAGAGGCAAAUUGCAAAUGCCUGGUCCUCUCAGUCCUGAUUUAUGGGUGUUUAGCUGCUGUCACGUGGUGCAGGUGUGCUAAUGUUACAAAGAUAGUCAUCAAUUUUUCUAAGAUCCCGCUCAAGUCUACGAGGCACGUGUCACCUUGCGACGACGGCUACAUCUACAUACCCGUGGCUUUCAUGGGUAUGCUGUACCUGGUUUAUCUCGUCGAGUGCUACCAUUCACCCAUCAGACUUGAUUUGAAGCAUGGCGAGAGUCAGGAUAGCAUUCUCUCGAAAUUGGCGGGGUUGAGACUAGUGCAGCCCACUAUCUGGUGGAAAGCUGUUUCUUAUCACUACGUCAGGAGAAAACGACAGAUUACCAGAUACAGAAAUGGGGAUAAUUACACAACCACUCAGGUUUACUACGAGCGUGUAAACACAAAUGCAGCGACAUCAUUUUACUUCUACGAUUACUGCGGUGUCAAGGACAUAAGUAAAGAGCUGACUAUGGACGCUAAGAUCCCGAUAACGAAGAUAACCCUCAGCAAGGGUUUCGCAUUCUCCAAUAUGCGAUCAGCCACUGAGUUCGAGGAGGCCAGAUCGCGUUUUUUCGCUGAACAGGAACUCAGAGACGAUUACAUGGAGAUGCGUGAGGGUCUGGACCUCGGGUACAAUUUCAAUGCCUCAACAACUCUGGUGGCAGUGCUGGGUCGUCCCUGGUUCACUAAUACCUACGUUUACUGGUGCCUGAGUGCUCUCCUCCUGAGCUGGCCCCUUCGAAUAAUAAUCGAGUGUAACACCCAGUACGCGGAUUAUCAGAUAACAAAAUUAUUCGGUGUGAAUUACGAUACACCAACGAGUGGUGAACAGAUUCACGCGUCCUCGAGUCAAUUGAGUGCACCAGGUUCUUACAUGCUGGCACCGAGCUACAGUGAGGCCCUGCUGAUGGAACCAGCAGGUCCAACAUCCUCAGAAGCCUCCACCAGAGAGACACCAAUGCUAAUCCCCAGUUACUCAGAGGCUCUUCUCUACGAGUGUGCAGCACCACGUCCUGAGGGUGUCCACGAGAUCUCGUGCUCUGUAGGUCGUAGCAUCACAAACGAGAGUCUCUUCGCAGUCCUGGAGACCCAGCCCUCCACCUGCGACUGCCCCUGCCACCAGACAAGACUCCAAGACGAUCAGAGCACUGAUUGCACUAGUCUCAGGGGUCAAUCCACCACCGAAUUACGCAGCUGUGGUGUAUGCAGUGCCUCUAAUUAUCGUAUUAAUAAUCUAGAUAAUUCCAUGAUGACUAGAGAUAUUUCUGAGCCAAAUUUGAGGACGAAUUCCUGUGAUUUAAUGAGGGGCACUAGUUUGCAAUUUUUGAGGGUGAAUGGGCGAAGUUUGGAGAAUAUUUUGGAGAGUGAGGAGGGAUUGGCGGCGGGCUCGGUGGAGGGACAGGGCGGAAAGGGGGCUAUACCCAAGAGGAGGGUGGAAACAGAUGUGGGGGCACAGGCUGGGGUCAGUGGAGUGAGGAGUGAUCUGGAUACUUCGGGAAUGGGGAAUAACAUACCGGAGUCCAAGACGUACUUCUGCCUCAAAUCGAUUCUCAAACAGAACAAGAGGAGGUACACUCUUGUUACCACUGAGGAGUUCAGGAAUCUUGUGGGCGGUGAGGAGAAGCCGGAGGGAGGAUUUCUACUCAUGAGGGAUAAUUGUUUGAGAGGGGGUGGUAGUGCAGAGGUCCGGAGAGAAAAUCCGAACAGAACUUUGAUAUUUGCUAGUCCAAUUCAUGAAGUCUGCAGACCGAAUGAUCCAUUCGCGGGUACCCACCGGCACCGAGAGCCAACGACUGCACCAGCCGCUGGUUUGAAAAAGCUGGGACGAUCAUUGACUGUUCUUGCAGAGGAAGAAACAACCCCUCAAGGGCCACCCCAUCGCCGAAGGAGCAAGAGACUCAUGCAUCAACGCACCAUGAGCAUAGAACCCGAGUACCUCCAGUUCUUCACACCAUCAGGGGAUGGUGAUAAGAACCAGCAGACUGGAAGUACCACAAGGUGCUUUGUAACCACUGCUCCACCCCACGGCUUGACCCGCUCUCUCACCGAGAGGAGAUCAAAGCCGAUUCGACACGAUCGAACUUUAAGGCGCAGCUUUACGGAUGAGAGAACUGAAUUUGGACCCCCGAGACGAAUGAAUCUUAAUAUGGAAACGUCCUUGUAACAAAACGCGCAAUCAGUCUUCGUGGGAGGAUAAUUGAAGCAACGAAAUCACGUAUGGAAAAAUUUCACUUGAAAACCGAGAGGUCUCCAAUUAAAUUUCUUGAAACUCUAAAAAGGCUUUCAGCUGUUGAGAAUUUAUUGAAAUUACGAAUUCUCAUAGUGUCGACGGAACUUCUGCCUUUCACCAAAAAUUUUUAGAGAUAUCCCAAACGUUCUUCGUUUGAUUUUCUCCAUAGGUGAUAGGCUGUGAAGUGGUGAGAACGUGGUAAUUUAAUUAAAUUAUUCAACCACUGGUGUUACUGGAAAUCCAUAAAAUUUAUAACAGUGUAACUGUUUUCCUCCGAACAGUUUCAACGACAACGAGUGAAAAUCCAAUUUUUUGCCACUUCACUGCUGAUAUAACUUCUCCAUAGCGUUAGAAUCCUUCCUCAUUUGAUAGUUCUUCCUUAAGAUUAACAAAACUCACGAGAGUCGCAAAAUAAAUGCCUUUUAAAUCAAAUUACGCACGAUACGCGGUGCUGGAGGAUCAUUAAAUUGGAGAGAUAAUCAGACAGAAUUCGAUCAAUUAUCAAUUACUUUUGUAAAUGAAAAUCGAUGAGAAUUUAAAUAUCCAGUCUUGGAAUUAAAAACUAGACGCAAAACAAAUUCUGAUUUUCCCCGAAAAAUCAAGGAUAAUCCUGAUAACUCAUGAUUUUUCCAAGACUAUGAACUUUGGAUGAAAAAAGUGAAAUAAUUUCGUUGAAUUCUUUAAAUCUUUAAAUUUCGAGUAAUAAUUUCAUUUAAUGAUUGAGAGCCGCGUAUCAUGCACUAGCUCAAGUAUUAAAUGAUAAACGUAAGCGAUAAUGAAAGUUAACGACAUUUAUUACGAAUAUACAUGUAUAUAAACAAAAUUUGAAUGGAGACGAGAGAGAUACAUAAUUAUAUAUUUGUUGUACAUGUAAUUUUAAACGCUUAUACGUGUAUUUUCGAUCGAUGAGUCAAUCGAACUAGUUACGAAUCAUAAGUACAUGUACCAUAAGCACUCAACAGGAUUAAACACGCGCAAUGACGACUAAAUGAAUAAUUCCGUAAUUCCUACCGUCAAUUUGAUGCUUAUGCUGGGUCAGAUGCAUACGAAGCCAUUUAACGAUAUUGUUGUAAUUUUUACUAGGGCUCUUCAAAUAUGUGAUAUAUACGCUGAAUUUUUAGUAUAAAUCGACUGGUAAACGUGCAAUUUAAGGGAGUUCGUGGAUUUAAUCGGGAAUUAGUCGGUGGAAGAAACCAUAAUAAAUAUUUAUUUGGUUUUGCGCUUGAACAAUGAAGUCUUUCCAAACUGCCAGAAUAGUUAUAAAUAUUAGAGUGAAGGGAGAUGUGUCGUUAAAUGUCGAGGGACUGAAUUGCACUGGGCAUUUAGUGGUCGAGUAUUUCUGUUGUGCUAUUUGGAAUUAUUGAAGUUUUAAUUAUCGAGGAGAGAGUGAGGAGUAGGAGAUGGACUCGAACGAUCUCGGUGAAUUAUUUUUGGAGGAUUCCAGAAGCGGUGGAUAUUUUUUUAAUGUCAGAACCUUUUCGUUAAUUCUGGUUCAUCAAUUCAGGAUCUGUGAGAGGUUUAUCUCCCGCUCUGCAUCGCUCUCCCAUUCUGAGAAAAACUUAUAGGAAAAUUUAUCCUGACAUCCUGCAGUAGAAAAUAAAGUACAUUAUAAUACUAUUGGGAUAUUUCAUCGGAGUGAUAUAAUUUACAGGAGAGUUAUCGCAUUUUUUAUGAGGUGUCAGCGUGAAAUUUUCUGGAGUCAAUGCACCCCAGGGUAAAUUGUACGAUAAAUUUUUCUUCACACCAGCGUGAAUUAAUUAAGGAUGUUUAUCCAAAGUCCCGAGGAUUCCACCCACUGACACAGAUUAAUUAUCAUAUUGUAGGAAUAAAGUAGAGAAACUGGAGAAUUUCGUAAGUAUUUUUAGUGAACGAAUUAUGGUUUUGUAAAUGAAUUCUGUAAGAACGUGUAUAUAAGCGCAUUAUUUUAUUUCGGUAGAAUUGUGGCAAUCACUUCAACAAAUUGCAACUUUUUCAAAGAUGGAUAAACAUUCUUAGGAUUUUUUCAAAAUCUAGUAUAUAAUCCUUCCAGCCAAUUGCAUCAAUAGCCCUCAUUGACACGGUCUACGUCAGACAAUCCACAAAUUACGAUUAAUGAAGAAAAAAAUUCGAUGAUUCAACGGAUAGAAUUUUUAUAACCACGUAAGAUCAUUGCACAAACAAAAUUAAUUAAGAAACCUACGAAAAUGAUAUUUAGUAAUCGCAUAAACUCAUGCCGUCUUGAAAAAGUGCUCUUGUAAUUAAAAAAAAUGCAACAAAAUGAAUGGAGAAAAUGAUUUCGAUUGGAGUUUGAGGUGGAUAAUUAGUUCGAGGUAUUUACAGCGUUUUUAGGGGAUAAUUUGUAAGUGCUUCGAGAGUAAUUCACUGGUCGCUCUUUGUUAACUGGGAGCAAUGUGCAUCUUGUACGUAAAAAUGUUUAAAUAAUGAGGAUUAAAACUGAGGAAAAGGAAAUAGAUGAAGGUAUUCGCGGCGAGGGCCAAAGUAAUUGUACUCAUUUAUAGUAAUUUAACGUAAUUGUGAUUAUUAUACAUAAACUGCAUUAU